AUGAAGGAAUCUAAAAUGAGUACACAUCUGUCUGGUGGACGUCUGAAUGUGGCUUUAGUGCAGGAAACUAUGAGAAAAGACCUAUUGAAUCUUUUGCAACUUUGCGAAGGACCAAAAGUAACAAUUUGGGAUGAAUGGCUUGCUGGUCCUGUAGGCUUAGUAGCUCAAUAUGCAUUGCUAAAGGAGCAUGAAGUGACAGAUAUGUUUCCUUUACGACCGGGCAGUCUACCUACUAUAUCCGUCAAACAUAUUGUAUUCAUUGCCCGACCCAAGUUGGUGUUGAUGGAUUUAGUUGCAGAUUAUAUUAUAUCAUUGAGAGCCAAACAAAACUUGCCAGUAGAAUUCCAUCUAUUCUUCGUGCCCCGCAAGAGUGAACUGUGUGAGAAACACUUAACCAACAGAGGCAUUAUUAAUAACUUAACUAUACAGGAGUUUAAAUGUGACAUCUUCCCAUUUGACAGUGACGUCAUGUCGUUAGAGCUUCAGAAUGAUUUUAGAGAGAACUAUCUGGAAGGAGACCCCACCUGCAUCUACAAUGCGGCCCAAGCGAUUCGCACUAUACAGCAACUGUACGGGAUCAUACCACGUGUCUUUGGCAAAGGAACCGCUGCCAAACAGGUAUGGGACCUUCUCUGUAAACUGAACAAAGAGGAACAAGGCACAGAGCCUAAAGGCUCACCAACAUCGUGCAUAGAUCAUUUACUGCUACUCGAUAGAGCCGUUGACUUCACCAGCGUAAUGGCUACGCAGCUGACCUAUGAAGGACUUAUUGACGAACUUUUUGGAAUAAAGAACUCGACUGCAACCUUUCCCGAGCACAAGUUUAUAAGCCCAGAAGACCCGACACCCGAAGCCACUGCUAGAGAAAAGCGACGCAUCAUUUUGAAUUCUAGCGAGGAGUUGUUCGCUGAACUGAGAGAUUGCAAUUUUACUGCUGUCGGUGCAGCACUGUCAAAGAAAGCGCACCUAAUAAAAACCCAGCUGGACGAGAGACACAACGAGAAAUCAGUGCAAGAAAUCAAGCAAUUUGUUUCUCGGCUACCGCAAAUGCUGGCAAAUAAACAGUCAUUGGCCACUCAUACUGCCAUUGCUGAGUACAUUAAAGAGACCAUAGACACGUUCGAUUUUCACGACACUGUCCAAUGCGAGGAGGACUUCCUCAACUGCGUGGACAACGAGAAAGUAUGCUCGUUCAUCGAAGACCUCAUCGCUCAAAAGGUGCCUCUGACUAAGAUUCUCCGCCUAAUCUGCCUCCAAUGCGUGACAGGAUCAGGUCUCAAGCCAAAAGUGCUAGAGUACUACAAGAAGGAGCUUGUGCAAGUGUACGGGUUGAAAACCUGGCUGACGUUAUGCAAUUUUGAGAAAUGCGGCUUGUUAAAACCCCAGACUGGCUCGAGGCAGUAUAAUGUGCUUCGAAAGACAUUACACCUAACAAUGGACGAAUCAGAUUUAGAGCGAGAGAAGAGCUAUUUGUCGAGUAAAUACACGCCGUUAACAGUUCGAUUAAGUGAACAUAUUGCUAAGAACAAGGGAUGGUCUGGAAUCCAAGACGUUCUAAACCUUCUCCCUGGGCCGACAGUGGACGAACUCCAAACGCUACAACCUCGUAUGGCUCGACGUAAUUCCAUAUCCAGUGACAACUCGUCCUCCGCAGAAACUCCUAGAGUCAUUCUAGUAUUCUUUUUAGGAGGUUGCACUUAUAAUGAAAUAUCAGCACUGAGGUCUAUAAGUCAGCAGGAAGAUUCUAAUGUGGAAUUUGUAAUUUUGACCACGAAAUUGAUAAAUGGGAAUACUUUUGUCGAGUCCCUGAUGGACAUUGAUUAGAAUGAGCUGUAAAAAUUGUUUCAACUGGGGUUCAUUGUAUGUCAAUAUUCUAGGCGAUUCUACUCACCAAUACAAAUAAUUUAGCCAAACCUACCAUAACUGGCCAAACAAACAUUUACAGAACAUAUUUAGGUGAGUGUGCCCAAAAGCUCCAUCAGCUCAUCCCGCCCUUUACCAUCGGACAUACAGAUGUACGGCGGGAUAUCACCCUUACUUGGUCGAUAUUCUCUUGAGGCGUACUAAGCGCUUUUCGUCAUUUUUUAUUAUGCGAACAGCCCAAGAAUGGAAUUCCUUACCUGCGACUAUGUUUCUGAGCACAUACAACCUGAGUAUCUUUAAGGUGCGACUGAACAGGCAUUUUCAAGGCAAACUCGUUUCAUCGUAGAUCCUAUCUUUGCUCCAGAAGGGCUAGGUAGACCACUAGGUCAAGAGCAAGUCCAUUUCAUUAACAAAAAAUUAUGAAUAUUUAGCUAGAAAGGAGCUUUCCUGAACACUCCUGUGGAACCUGGGCAUCAAUCGACGAGUGGCAAACCAAAAUGGCAAGCCUUAUUAUAGUGU